AAACCUCAAUAUCCACUCAUUCGCUUCUCCAACUGAGCAGCAUGAACAUCAGUUAUCAUCCCAACUACACUAACUCCGAUUCGUUCUCUUCUUCUGGUUUCUAUAUAGCAGCAUCGUUCCUCUUUCUCAUAUGGUUCUUCGGAUGUUUUAAUAACUUUCUUGCCAUUUUAGCUAUCGUUUCCGAUCGAUGUUUGAGAACUCCGAUGAAUGGAAUCUUGUUGAAUCUCAGUUUGAGUGAUUUGAGUAUAUCCGCUUUGGGAACUCCUUUGUCUUUUAUAGCUGCGCUCAAUCAGAGAUGGCCUUUUGGACAGUUUCUCUGCUACUCUUAUGGCUUUUUUAUGACAUUAACAGGAAUGACAGCAGUGGGAACAGUGACAGUAAUAGCUGUGGAAAGAUACAUAAUCCUGUCCAGACAUUAUCAGUCAGUGGGUCUAACUAAAGAAAAAGCCGUAGCGUGCAUCGUGUGUAUUUGGAUUUAUUCACUGAGUAUGAGUUUACCUCCUCUGUUCGGCUGGAAUAGAUAUAUACUAGAAACACCGGGUAUAGCUUGUUCUGUGGAUUGGGAAACGAAAUCUGUAACCAACACUUCCUACAUCAUUUAUAUCUUCAUUCUUGGUUACUUCGCACCCGUCCUGAUUAUGGCAUCCUGUUACGGCAAAGUCAUAUACAUUGUUUGUAAGGGACCAAAGAUGAUAAAGAAUAAGAAGAAAGCAAAAGCUGAACAACGAGUGACAAUGAUGGCAGCAGCUAUGGUAGUUUGUACUCUAACUGCUUGGACACCUUACGCAGUGGUAUCAUUAAUGGUAACUACAGGAUAUUCCCAUCUCAUAGGUCCCAUAGCGUCAGUAGCACCGGCCAUAUUCGCCAAAACUAGCGUUAUAUACAAUCCAAUUGUAUAUUUCUUCUUAAAUACUCAAGUUAAUAAAUCUCUUAAGAAAAAGUUUCAAAGAAGGUCUAUAAGAGAGAGAAAUGAAGAUUUUUCUGUAACUACUAAUUAUUUUUAUACAGUGGAUAGCAUCAAGCCAACUGUAGCAGUAGCAACGAGUGUUCCAAUUAAAUCCAAGAAAUCUCUCAAAACUGACACUUCUAAAGUUUAAAUAAAUAUUAAAUAUAAAGUAAAAUUAAAUAAAAAAAUAUA